AUGGCGGACUCCAGAUGCUGUUUCGGGUGUUCUAACGUGCGCAAGGGUGCGUGGGUGAUAUCAAUUUUCGACAUGUUAAUUUGUAUAAUACUCAUGGUGAGAGCUCUUACUACGCUAAACAUCACCCCAUAUACAUAUACAUACAAAAAAUUGAAUUCGUAUGAUGAUGGAUCAACCAUCUCCAGUGACCAUCGUGUUCAACUAUUGGAAAAGGAUUUCAACCUAUUUAGUCAAUUAUUUAUAAUUUUUCUAUUUUUUUAUGUCAACUUGAAUCUAAAGAAAGCCACUUUUAUACGGAAUGCUCAAAGUAUCAAUCAGUGGUUGGUGAUAAACUCAAUAUUUUUUGUAUUUUUUGUUCUUUUUAUUGGUUUUACUACAGUAAAAAAUGCAUCACCUGAUAUAAUUCCUAUUGGAAUUCCUGUAAGCAUAGUGGUAGUGUAUCAGAUUUAUGUGGUGAAAUGUUUUUAUGAUGAUGAACUUAAUGCUAUAACUCCACCUACGUUGCAUGCCACGCCAUAUGUGACCAUAACCAGUCAAACCCUGCAGACCCCAGUCUAUCCUGUGCAAGGUGGACCUUAUGUUAUUCAACAAGUGCAUCAGCCCAUUACACAAGCUCCUUAUCCUCAGCAAACGUACCAGUAUCAGCCACAACAGCAAACUUCUUCUCAGUCUCACGUUGCUAUGCCUGUGCCAAGCCAACAAAGCCUUCAAGAGUAUUGUAACCCACCGCCGUAUUCACCAAGUUAUAAUACACAAGAAGGUCCUUCAGUGAAACAAUAA